AUGCAUCAGCAUCCUCGACCAUCGCCAGUUACGGCCUCGCCAGCCUCCUCCCCUAGAACGAACCCUACUCGUACAAACAAUCCCAGAGAAGAAGGCUCGAGUUCGAAUUCCAGGUUAGCAGCAGACAUGCCUGCAUACAACGAGGCUGAUGAAGGCAGUGGAGAUAGCGGUGUUAUAGCUACAACUGGUCCAAGUCGAGAUGUUGUAAAGAAAUUGGACCAAAUCAUACAGAACUUCCACACCAAGGCUGCCUAUCUUGUCUUGCAAUCUCGAAUGCCGUUACCCGUGGUAUUCACUAAAGAUGGGACGAAGAAGGUUAAUAAAUGGUUCCAAAUUGAAACAGACGAUACAAGCGCUUUCAAGGACGACCUCAUUUUGUGGAAAACUUGCGGCGGAUACCAAAACCGACCCGUGCCACUUAUAAUUGAAACAUUCAUCGACACGUCGAAUUUGACAACCAGUCAGAGCUUGGUCAUUGUUGACGAUCAAGGGAAGAGAUGGGAUGUUCUAGAGGCAUUGAACAGGUCAAGCGGAUCAAGAGAAAAUAGCGAGGUAAUUCUGGAAAGGUGGAAAAUCGAACUUAAAGAUAGUCCGGGAGAAAGGACACACGACUUUGGUUCUACAUUGCCCACAGUCUACAAGAAGUGCAUUGUCUUCUUUCGCUCGUUGUAUGCGACAACCAAAUUUGUCCCAGCUUGGAGAUUUGUAAAGAAUUUGGCGAAGAGCGGAUCGGCCAACAGUUCGCUGCGGGUCAGUUGCCGUAUCUUGUCCGGUGAUGUCCAACGAAGUCGAUUCGAUGCGCUUACUCAUCCCUUAUACGAGUAUGGAGGCCCGGUCACAACGGACUAUCUUCUCGGCACCACUGAGACUCCUGUAGGACAAUUUUCAGCCGAAGUCUCAUACCGAAACGAUUGUAAUUUCCGUGUUGACGACUCUGAGGCACUUCUGAGCUCGAGAUUUAUGGGUGCAGAUGAACAUUUCUUCCAGCCAUCGUUAAGUGCAAAAGAUAGCCGUCGUGGCGCCUCGAGAACCGUCGAAGUUGGAUCGUUACCUGCGCAUCGACAGCAACACAACGAAGAAUCUGAGCCUAUCCAAGCUUAUGGCAGUCUUUCUACCUUUCAUGGUGAUGCGCCUCCCGGGGCCUCAAGCCCCAUCUCCGCUCUGCGAGCUGCUAAAACUAUGGGAUCGGAAGCAAGCUCUCCAACUGUGGGAUCAGGAUCAGCUCCAAAAUCCAGGCCAAUGCAAACUUCCAGAGCCUCGCUUAUCUCAAUGGAAGGUGUGACAUCCGCGAGGAGGCCUUCAUUGUCGUUUCAGCCGUUCAAAGCAGGUUCGUUAUCUUCGUCACCCGGACGCAAUAGUCCAUUUCAACAUCCCGGUGAUUUGCCGCCACAAUCACCGCAAUCGUUACCACGGUUGUCAGGAAUUAGUGCAUUAACACAGGCACGAAAUCGCUCCUCACUUACAGCCGGUAUGCCUGCCACUCUUAGAGGUGGACCGAUUGUUCCUGAUAAUGCAGUCACUGCAUCCGCAUCGAGCUCGCCCAAACCUACACCUUUAAGUAGGUAUAGCAGCAGUUUUACUCAUCGACGUGGAAGGUCGUCUUUCGGCGGGACCAGUAAAAUUGUGGACGAAGACCAGGGAAGCAGCGGCAAGCAGAGCCUGUCGUCUUCAGCACAACCUGGAUCCGGUCUUCUCAACGACCUCGGAGCUGGUGCCAGUUCAGACUCGCUGCAGACUGAUGAUGAUAAUAUCUCCGAAUUUCUCAAGUUACUGGACAGUAAGAAAACUCUACAGAGCUUCGAGCCUUCAGGAGAGGCAUCGACGAAGCGGACAAGUGCACAGCUAUCAAAGUUUCAGUCGAUGCGAGAGUCAAACAAUGCAUUGACGGAGUCUAUGUCAUCUUCCACUAUGCUCCAUCGAUCAUCAAGCUCUUCAAGCCGACAAUUGUCCAGUGUUCCUCCAAUGGUAGCAGCAACCUCGAUGUCGGUUUCCUCAUCGCCGGGUAAGCCAGUAUCGCCGCAUACACCUCAUACACCGGCUAUUCCGUCACGAUUGAGUGCCAAUUCUAUAGCAGAGUAUACUUCUGAACCUCGAAGACUUAGCUACCGCAGUAGGACUGCGCCAGAGGCUCCAUUGGAGGAUGUUGCAGAUGAUGAACAAUCAAAUGAGCGGGGCACGAAUGCGAUCAAUAUCCCAACAUCACCACGAACAUACUAUCCCCAUGCGAGAAGGUCAAGUUCUGUUGCACAACAGCAUCGGUCUAUCGCUGUCGAGGAGGACCUGGGAGAUCUACCAUUUGGCAUUCAUCGUAGCAUCAGCCUUGGUGCGGAUGAGCGUGAGCCGCCAAGUCUCAGUGCCCUUCUGGGGAUCAGUCAAGCAGCCGAUCCCGUUGCAUCAGCUUCGUCUCCGUCUCCUUCGCGGCUAUUACAACCAGCUCCUCAUUUGAAAGAAUCAUCUACUGCAAUGUCUCGCCAGCCCUCGUCUUCCCUCGAUGCUAAUGAUUCGGAAGCGGCUCAAAUGGCUAGGGGACAGUCGGCUGGCUCCAUGAACUCCCCCUAUCGUCCGAGAUUGGGUCGAGGUGGAGGACGGGGUGUGACCCCUCCAACAGCGUCUUCAUCCAGCUUGAUUGAACGAGCAAGCGGAAGUGGCACGAGCGAGAGAGCCAGCGGUAGACUCAGCUUUACGAGAACCGCUGGUGCAUACGAGCAUGAUGAUGAGCCCCUGCUCUUCCAAAUGAGCGAAAUAGGACGGGAUAAUUCGAGGAAGAGUCUUGAAGAUAACAGAGGAGGUGGGAUGGCCGGUACCAGUGAGCGACAUGGCUUUGACGCACGAGGUGGAGGAGAUUCCGGCUCAAGCAGCCGUAGGCCCAGCCGACGAGGUUGGCACGGAGAGUAA